UAAAUAAAUAAAACAAACAAAGCAUUCAGCAAAAACUAUACACUAAAUAUAAAAUAAAGCCAUUAGAAAAAGCUGGUUCAUCAUUUUCUUAGGUUGUCAUUUUGUAUUCCAAUCUCAAAACCCUAACUAUCUCAGCAAAACGAUGUGCCCUUUACGGUUCAUUUUGGUGUUUCUCUCUGCCAUUUUGGCAGGGUAUUUUGCAUGGAGGACAGUUCGUUCUUCGCCAGAAAUUGAGCAGGUUUGUGAUGAUUAUCGCAUUGAGAAAAACAAGUUGAAAGAUGAAGAACAAUUCAAUUUCAAAAGGAUGAUUCAAAAUGGGUUUUGGGUAUUCGUGGACAUGGCAAGCGGGAGGUACUUGUGGAGGAAUAUGAGGGAGAUGAGAAAAGAUAAGAAAGCAAAAAGCUGAUGGGGGGUUUCUCUGCAAAAUUUAACACCUGAAAUUCUGUAACCAGAAUCGUUUUUAUUAGAAAUCUUUAGCUUAUUUGUUAAUUUACUGAUUUUUCGAUAAA